AUGUUUGAUUAUUCGUUGCAACAACAACUUAUCACGAUUGCUGACACCAUGAAUACGCAAGAACAGCAACAGCUUCAAACUAUUUCCGAGUGUUUGCGUCAAACUCUUGAACCUGCUACUCGAAAAGCAGCUGAGCAGCAAUUGAUCUCUAGUGAGCAAGUUCCAGGCUUCUCCAUUCUGCUGCUGAAACUCAUAGAUAACACUGCUGUGGAUAUCAGUGUGCGCUUUGCUGCUGCCCUUUAUUUUAAAAACUUUACCAAGAAGGAAUGGGCUCAGAGUGAUGAUGGGCAAGACAAGAUUCCAGAGGCCGAUCGGUCCACUAUCAAAACCAUCAUUGUAUCAUUAAUGAUCACUGUUCCUUUUUCACUUAGAAAUCCUCUUAGCGAUGCUGUCACCAUUAUCGCAGACAGCGAUUUCCCUACAAAGUGGUCGAAUCUUUUGCCAGAUUUGGUUGCUCGUUUAAACCUGCAAGAUUUGGAUAUCAACGUCGGUGUCCUCCAAACUGCUCAUUACAUUUUUAAACGUUGGCGUCAUCACUUUCGCAGCGAUGCUCUUUAUUCUGAAAUUAAAUUUGCCAUUAGUCAGUUUGCCGUCCCUUACUUGGAGUUUUUCAAGGCAAUUGACUCAAUGAUUGACGCAAGUUCUGCCGACAAACCCAGAAUCACUAAAUUGCUAGAGAUUUUGCUGCUUUUAGAAAAGAUUUUUUUCAGUCUCAAUUGCCACGAUCUGCCCGAGUUUUUUGAAGACAAUCAAGCUCAUUUUAUGAACUUGUUUGCAAAAUAUCUUACAUAUCAAAAUUCUAUUAUUGAAUCUGAUCCGGAUGAAGCUGGUCCAAUUGAAAAAAUUAAAUCAAUGACCUGCGAGAUUAUUGAUUUGUAUGCUCGUCUCUACGAAGAUGAUUUUCCACGUCUGCCUGAAUUUGUACAGAUUAUAUGGACUCUCCUUACUAGCACAUCUGGUGAACCAAAGAAUAACAUGUUGGUCAAUCGCAUGAUGUCGUUUCUCACCUCAAUUGUAAAACCUGCACACCAUCGUCAUUUUUUCGAGCAACCUGGAUCUCUUGAGCGUAUCUGUGGUCAGAUCGUGUUGCCUAAUAUGGAGCUUCAAACUGCAGAAGAGGAGUUAUUUGAAGACGACGCUAUUGAAUAUAUUCGUCGUGAUCUUGAAGGAUCUACAUCGGAUUCACGGCGUACUGCUGCUGCAGAGCUUGUUCGCGGACUUUUGGAGCACUUUUCUGGCCAAGUCACAUUGAUAUUUUCCAACUACAUCACCAAGUAUCUUGAGAUGUAUGAAGCCGAUCGUGUUAAAAACUGGAAAGCAAAGGAUACUGCACUAUUUUUGAUUACCGCACUGUCUGCCAAGUCGGUAACUGCUCAAGUUGGUGUUACUCAAAUCAAUGAGCACAUUCCCAUUAUUCCUGUUUUUUCUGCAAAUGUACUUCCGGAUAUACAGGCUCCAGUUGAUGGGGCUUUGAACCCCAUCAUUAAAGUGGAUGCCAUCAAAUAUUUGACCAUUUUUCGAAGCCAGCUGACCAAGGAGCAGCUUAUGAAUGUGAUUCCCCAUGUUGUGAAUCAUCUGUCGUCUACCAAUUAUGUUGUACACACUUGGGCUGCUCAUGCUAUUGAGCGUAUCUUGGCUUUAAAAUCUGGAAAUUCCCUCAUGUUUACCCCAACAGAUACUGUCUUGUUUGCUAGUUCUGUGAUAAGGCAUCUGUUUGACCGUAUCGAAUCUGGUCGCACUCCAGAGAAACUUGCCGAGAAUGAUUAUCUGAUGAAGUGCAUCAUGCGAGUUAUUGCCACUGCUCGAGACCAACUUCCUGACAUUCAAAUGGUGCUGUCGAGGUUGACUGCCAUCAUCAAGGAAAUCAGCAAGAAUCCUAGCAACCCUAAAUUCAAUCAUUUUGUGUUCGAGUCAGUUGCUCUCAUGAUUAGAUUUGUUUCUGUCACUAAUCCAGCCAUUGUGGCCGAUUUUGAGUUGUUCCUUGUUCAACCAUUCCUUGAAAUUCUUCAAAUGGAUGUUCCAGAAUUCACACCCUAUGUGUUCCAGAUUUUUGCCCAAAUGCUCACUCUCCGGCCCGAUCCUGGACUUUCACCUGCCUACCAACAGUUGAUGACGCCGCUUCUAACACCUACUUUAUGGCAAACUCUUGGAAAUAUCCCUGCAUUGGUAGUUUUGCUUCAGGCAUAUAUCCGCAAAGGACAUGUAGAAAUAGCUCAGCAAUCGCAGCUGAGUCCAUUCCUGGGUGUUUGUCAGAUGCUGUUGGGAUCUCGUCAUACUGACCAGCACGGAUUUGAUCUGCUCAUGACCAUUUUUGAAACAUUUCCAUUAUCGGUGCUUACUUCUUACACGAAAAACAUCUUUGUGGUGCUUCUGACCCGCUUGUCCCAAGGAAAAGUUUCGCGAUUUUCGACGGAUUUUGUCAAGUUUAUCUGCUUUUUGCUAGUUAUUGAUAAACAUGAUAUAAACGUGGAUACCAUUGUUGAGAUUUUGGAUUCAGUUCAGCCUACACCUUUGUUUGGCGGACUCUUGCAAAGCGUGUUGAUUCCUAACCUCAAGAAUCUUUUUGUUCUCAACGAUCGUAAAAAAUGUUGUGUUGCAAUGACUCGCCUGCUUUUUGAAGGAAAUUCACUCUUGAGUGAUGCAUACAUUAACCUCUGGCCAACUCUUUUUGCUGUUGUUUUGGAUCUUGCCGAGGCUGCUCACUCUCUGAAAUCCACGGAUGGUACUGACAAAUUGACUGUUAGUGCACCGGCUGAAGAUGACCCAGACAUACUGUCCUCGAUGGACUUUGCUGAGGAUACUGGCUACCAAGUUAGCUUUGUUCGUUUAUCCACUAUGGGUAAGCUUGGAAAAACCAAUAUGGUUGAUGGUGUGGCCGAUCCCGCUUCAUAUCUUGUCCAACAGGUCUCAAAAUGCAAUGGUGAUACUGCUGGAAUGACAGCUCAAGAAAUAUCCAGACGCGAAAAAAUCCGUAUGAUAUUAUCCAGUGCACCAUUUCAACAAAGCAUUAUACCUAGACUGCAGAAACUUGGCACUACUGUUUGAGUAUUGAUCCUAUUUUUUGUUUGAAUUAAACUCGAAUUGUCUUUUUACAAGUUGAUCAAAUGAUUGUCGAGUAUAGAAUGAAUGAUUCUUGUUUCAAUAGCCUUGUAUUAUGGCCAUGUUCACGUAAAAUAAACCGCCAUCUUGCAGUG